AUGGGCCAGCGGAACAAAGUUUUAGAGACCGACACCCCAACUGCAAAAUUCCUCUACACAAUCAUCAAGCAGUUGGACCUGAAGUCGGUCGAUUGGAAUCGGGUAGCCUCUGAUGUUGAAGUCUCUAAUGGUCACGCUGCUCGUAUGAGGUAUUCCCGCUUCCGACAGCAGAUGGAAGGAACCACGGGGGCAAACAAACCAAAGCGAAAGAGCAAGAAGGCAAAGACCAUCGAACCCCCUGCUGAGAUGCAAGGCAUUUUCCCAAUGGCCCCGCCACUCAUGAUGCCCACCAUUGAAUCAAGUGAUUCUUCACUUCCGGGGAACCCUUUUGUAAAGUGUGAACCGGGCACUGAAGGUAACACAAAUUUACAGAGCUUAAUGCAUCAUCCUCCACAUUUCAUGUCGGAGACUAGCACUGAAGGACAUUAUUACUUUCCUCAGGAUUUUGCCUCAAUGCAGUUUCAGCUGGCGUCAAGCAUACCAUCUGGGAUACCGUCACCCAGUCCAACAUCAUCGUCCUUCCUGAAUCCAUACCAGUUCCCAACCGUGUCAGCCGGUUACCCUUAUUCAUCACCCAGCACUCAAUCUGGCUUCGAAAUGCCGGAGUUUGGCCAAUUGCAACCUUUCACGAAUCACUUCCCAACCAUUGGCUGGAUACCAUGUCCCCCUGCUCGCCAGGGUGGUCCGAUUGUCAAAGUCGAAGACGAACAGCAGACUGAGGAGGAAUUACCAAGUACUGGUAACCAAGAAGUUCAAGCAGAUCAGCAUGUUAUUGUCAAAGUUGAAAAGAUCGAUGAUUAA